AUGAAAGAUCAUACUAUUUCGUUGAAGUCUUUAAAUAAUAGAACUAUGACAUCGAUGAGAACCAGGACCAGAGAUAUAUCACAUCUGAUUGAUAGUCAAUACAGUCAUCGUUUCCAAGAACAAAUUAAAUAGAAGUAAGUACUUGGCGAACUUCAUUUAUAAUAAUAUGUCUAGCAAUAGAGGAUUAGAAAAUAAAACCAAGCCUAUCUUGGUAAUUAGUUGAGAGUCAAAACUGAGGAGAAGCUUGAGCAGUUAACAGAAUAAGUCAACGAAAACCAAAUUCUACCAAUGUUAGAAUAAAUCUCAGAACUUAAUUUCGAACAAAUCACAUAGGGGUUGUCUUAAGAAAAGGAUCGUAGCAUCAUAAUUACUUCUCUAAGACAAUCAUUAUAAAAAGCAAUCAAUUGCACUCCCAGUUUGGCUUCACUCAAAUAAUAAUCCAGUAGUUUCUUUUCAGCCUAACCAACUGGUAGACGAGAUGCAGUCGUGCUUAAAUAAUGGUUUGUAAACUUCAUCGAUACCAUCCACCAAUCCAAUAAGGAUUUCAAAGAUAAACUCAUUUCUUUGUCUGAAGCUCUACAUCUAUGUUUAUUAGAGAUCAUUCGAUAGGUUUCUUACCAAUGUGCUGAAAGAGGACAACUCCUUCAUUCAUUAGUUAAAGGAUAUAUUUUAGUGUUUCAUAAACAUUUCAUGAUAAAAGAAUAAGAAUAAAGAACACUCAAAUUCUAAUUGUUUGAAAAAGAUAUUUUUGAAGCCAAAGAAAAGGAGGAAAUAGAAAAUCGGUCAAGAGUCUAAAUUAGCAUCUUAACACAAGAAUUGGAUCAAUUAAAAUAUAAAGAAAAUAUGAUUAACUCAGAACGUAUAAGUUAUUAAUAAACUAUCAAAAAACUAUAGAAUAAAAUUAAUUUAUAGGAAACAAUAUCAAAGAGUGCAGCGAAUAUGAUAGGCAAUCUACAAAGGGAGAUAGAUUAAUUGAAGCAUCAGUUAUCCAAGAAGAAUCAAAACAAACAUUCUUCUAUUAAUAAAUCAGAGGAUGCUAUAGAGGAACAAGAUCUAUCGCUAUCUUAAGUGCUUAAGGAGAUGAAUCAACAGACAAAAUUUGAAUAAAAUUAAGAUAUGAUUGUUAAAGAUGUGAUUGAAGAACUGCCUGUUGUUUCUCAUAGUGUUGGUGUGUAAACAUUCUAAAAAUGUCUGUGUGUUCUUGAAACUCAAACUGAUCUAUAAUUGAUGUCUCCUUAAUAUGAUAAAUUUUUAUCCACCUAGGAGAUAGAAAAUACAUACAGAGAAUUCGAACUAAAACAACAAUUAGAAUAAUAGAGUUGGUUGGAUGGGCUAUGCGAUUAGAUGAACAUGCAUCAAGAUGAGCCUUCAAUUCAUGAUUAUGAAAAUAGGGGAGUUAACAAAAUAGAUUUAAUAUACGAGGUGCCAGAAAAUGAUGAAGGGUCACCUGAUGUAAUGAACAAAAGAAAGCAGGAUUAUAUUUAGGAACGAAGAUUUUAAAUUGAAAGAUCGGAAACAUCUGAAAAGUUGAUUAGAGAAUUUGAUAAAUAGAGUUCAGAUAGGUUAUUAAAUAUAAAAUAAGUAUAAUAAGGAACUAGUUCUAAUAAUACUUAAUAGAAUUCUUAAUAAUCUUCAUAAAAAGCAAUUAAAUUAUCUCCAUAAGCUAAUCCUUAAGUCACUUAAACAAAUGCUUGUAAAAGCGACACAGCUAAAUAAAUCUAAAAGCAAUAAAUUCAAUAACAAUAAUAGCAAAGUAAUUAGUAAUUGGGGUCAUAAAGAUAUUUUCCAGCCAAUGAAAAUCUAGAAAAGAAGAAUGAAAAAGAUAAGUAGGGGUAAAAGAAAAAGAAGAUGAGUGCAUCCUAGCAACUUUAAUAAUAACCAAAAUAGCAUGAACAAACUUCAUCUCAGAAUAAUACUCAAAUAAUUGAAGUCAAUGAAAAAACUGAUUCUAUAUAACCCAAUUUAUCAAAGUAAUAAACUACUAUGUUGAUGCUUCUUUAUCAGAUACAAAAGUAGAAAGCUUAAAAUGCAACAGCUAGAAUGAAUGAAACAAAUGAACUCUUAACACAGGUGUUACUAUUUGCAAGAAAAUUGACUCUUCAUAUCUUAAAAACUUAAUUCAAGACGCAUACCUAAAUAGCAGAAGAGUUCUUAUUUGAAUUUGAAUCAUUCAGAAAGAAAAUUUAGAAUGACAAGGAAAUUUUGGAAGAAGAGUAUGUUUUGGAUGAAGAAAAAGAAAAGGAGGAGAAAAAGCAGGAGGCUCUGAAAAGAAGGAAAGGUAAGAUAUAGAGAGCAUUAAGAAUGAAUUUCGCUACAAGAUAAAUGAAAUAGUUACCAACAAUAGAUAGGUUGACGCAUCCUGGUGUGUUAUUAGCAAUUAAAGCAAGAGAGCAAUCUCAUUUGUUCAAGAAGGUUGUUGCGUAUUGGCCAGUUAAGAACGUCUUAAGAACUAUAAGUCAAAUAUAUUUAGAAAAAACAUCCUUUGGAGGAGAAGCUGAUAUGUAGAUCUUCGUUUUCAAUUUCUUCCUUAACAAAUAUGGGUUUAAACAUGUUGCUGAAAAAAAAUACUUAUAAUUUUUGUUAUCCGUAAUUCACUUUUGUUAAAUCUUUCGAGUGAAUGUAUUCGCUAGAUUAUUAUGUCUUUUGCAUGAUGAACAUCUGAAUUUCAAUCAAGAAGAAUCAGCUUUCAUGAUAUCAGGAUUGGAAUAUAUACACAGUCAAACAAGUCUAGGUGUUAAUAUUGUACAAGGAGAUAGUGAGUCUAAAUUUUAUGUUCCUUAUUUGAGAGCUUUAGAUUAUAUAAAAAUACAUUUAGAGAAUAAGUUAACUGAGGAUGAAAUUAAAGAACUUAGAAAUGAUUUAGAUAAUCUUAAGGAAAGUGAUUCAAAAAAUAAAUCAGGCGUUGUUGAUCUAGAUUAAUUUAUGUCAAAGGUUAUCGAUAAAUAUAGAAAUGUAACUCAUCGAACUAAGUUAUUUGUGAUUCAUGCAUUUCAAGCUGCUGAUUUGGAUGGUAACAAAAAGAUUAAUCAUAAUGAAUUUUUAACUUUGUUCAGACACAUUGAAUUCGAGAAAUUUAAUUUCUAAGAAGCAUUAGAUUUAUUUGAAGAAGAAGCGGAUAUUAUUCACUAAGGUGAAAAGAAUUUAUCAUUUAAUCGUUUCACUUCAGUUUGUGUCAAUUAGUAGAUCUUUACUGAAAAUUCUCUCAAUGAUUUUAUUGGUAAGGAGGCUAAUAUGGAAUAGAUAUUUGAUAAUUUAGUGAAAACGUGGAGCUAAUAUAAGCUUGAAGUUUAAGGUUUGCUAACUCAACUAUAACCAUUUGUGACAUCCGAAAUUUAUUAAGAAUGGGUCAAUAUAUUGUUCAUUCUAGAAAAAAGGAUUCUCAAUUAGAAACCCGAUUACCAGAAUGUUAGGCCCAUCUUAAUAGCACACAAGAUAUUAAAGUUGGAGCUGACAAGAUUGUUAGAUGAGGAUGAAUAAAAUUAGAAUAAAGAUUGA